AUGCAGCUCAUAUUACGCCGGACAACUUUGAUUCAUGUGUGGAAUGUUUACGAUCUUACACCGAAGCAAGUCUCGACGGAGGACGGUGCAUAUGCGGCUGGUCCAUUAAGUGGCGAUGCUCAAAGUCAGCUACGGAGUGUGAAGAAAGAGGAGAAGUCGAGACGGACGAACAAACAGGCUGGCCCAUUAAGUGGCGAUGCUCAAAGUCAGUUACGAAGUGUGAAGAAAGAGGAGAAGUCGAGACGGACGAGCAAACAAGGUUUGUAA